CUUCUCUCUCUCUCUCUCUCUCUCUCUCUUUUAAUUAAUUUAUUUAUUUUUGGCUGCAUUGGGUCCUCGCGGGGCGUGCAGGCUUUGUCUAGUUGUGGCAAGCGGGUGCUACACUUUGUUGUGGUGCGCGGGCUUCUCAUUGCAGUGGCUUUUCUGUUGCGGAGCACGGGCUCUAGGUGCACGGGCUUCAGUAAUUGUGGCACACGGUCUCAGUAGUUGUGGCUCGCGGGCUCUAGAGCACAGGCUCAGUAGGGCUUAGUUGCUUAGUGCACGGGCUUAGUUGCUCAGCGGCAUGUGGGAUCUUCCCGGACCAGGGCUUGAACCUAUGUCCCCUGCGUUGGCAGGAGAAUUCUUAACCACUGUGCCACCAGGGAAGUCUGGGAUAACAGGUCUUAAAGCUGGGACCAAGGGGCUUCUUAUUCAGACCAGGAGAAGUCACUUGAUUAUAAGGAAAUCUUAGAAGCUGUGUGGAGGAAAUCCUGACUUCAGGGUUCUAAUUCCAUCUCUGCUGAGACUUGAGCUCUCCUGCCACGGCCCUUCAGCACCUGAAAAUGUACGCUUGCGCCAAGUUCAUCUCCACCUCCUCCUUGAUCAGGAGAACCUCUCCACUAUUGAACCGAUCACUGUCUGCAGUGGUGCUGAAGCGACCAGAGACACUGACAGAUGAGAGCCACAGCAGCUUGGCAGCCCCACGUCCCUUGACCACCUCACUUAUUCCUAGCCGCAGUUUCCAAACCAGUGUCAUUUCAAGGGACAUUGACACAGCCGCCAAGUUCAUUGGAGCUGGGGCUGCCACAGUAGGGGUGGCUGGCUCUGGGGCAGGAAUUGGGACUGUGUUUGGGAGCCUCAUCAUUGGUUAUGCCAGGAACCCUUCUCUGAAGCAACAGCUAUUCUCCUACGCCAUUCUGGGCUUUGCCCUCUCGGAAGCCAUGGGACUCUUUUGCCUGAUGGUGGCCUUUCUCAUCCUCUUCGCCAUGUGAAGGAGCCGUUUCCACCUCCCAUAGUUCUUUCUCCCGUGUCUUGUCUGCCCUGUAUGUUCCUUUUCCUGUACCUCCCCAGGCAGCCUGGGGAAAGGGGUCAGCUCAGGGUUUGACAGAAGGAAGACAAAUAGAUACUGUAUUAAAAAGAUGUUUCUUGAG